AUGAUAUCAACUCUUCGACGUGAAGAUUACGAUGUACAUAAAUCUGAAGAAGAGUAUUCUGAUUUAAGAAAUGCUGCACGUUUGAAUGCUGGAAAACGUUGUAGAGGACAUCAAUCUCCAGUAGCAUUUAUGAUUGUUGCUUCAGGUUUGGAUUCACAUACAAAGAAUAGUACAAAGCCUUUGGCGUAUACACACUUAGAUAUUGCUUCAAGUCAUGGACCGUGUCCUGGAAUUCCAACCGGUGUGCCUAUACUAACAUUGGCAUCACGUUAUCUUAUUUCAGAACAAUUUAACUGGCCAACCAAGAGAAAAUGA